AUGGCAUCCAAUCACUCACUAUCCCUCCUUGCGCGCGCAAGGUCAGCCAGACUUGCACCCAGCACCAGUAACAACAAGCAGCCGCCAGUGAAUCCGUCCACAGGCGCAGGUGCACAUGUCCCCAGUCCCAGCAACACUUCAUCCACCGUGUCCAACGUUUCGCUGUUCUUGACGAAUCUGCGCCUUCUCGACCUUGAUUCGCUGCCCGAUUGGCCCGACAUCAACCCGUUGACCUUUACCAACAAGGAUCUUGCCCAGGGUCAAAAGAAGCGCAUACAGUCGGUGGAAUGGGCACUAUACCAACUGUUUGAUCUCUGGGACCCGGAGGAGACGCGUAAUAAACUCAAACCAUUCUUCCCCCCGCUCGAUCAACUCCAAUCAACCAACCUUCGUGCCGCUCUUCUACGAUGCCUCGAACAGGCCAAGAAGAAUGGUGUCCUUGGCCGCGAUGCUGUGGUGCGGCGGACCAUGCUGGAUGAAUGCAAGGGCGAACGACUCGAAGAGGUCCUGGCCACUUUUUCAUCUGCCGUACUGAAGAAGAUGGUUGCAGAGGCGAGCCUCAACGGCAAAGAGCACCUGACAAUUGCCGAGACCCUCGCCCUGGAGAACCGCGGGUACUCUGGCGACACGGCACAGAUCACGGCGCUGGUGCUGGCAUAUCGCGCGUCGCUGAGCAAGAUGCUGCGAGAGAGGCAGGAGGCGCGGGCGCGGUACAACGACCUGGCGCAGCUGCUGGACCUGAAAGAGCGCGGGAUCUCGAGGCGGAAGCUGCAGCUUGGGGACGCCAAGAACCCCGCCGCGGACGGCAUGUCGGAGGACGAAAAGCUGGCGUUGUGGCGGGCGGUACGGAACAACUGGGCCGGCAACGAGCGCUGGAUGGAGGCGCUGCUCUACGGCGACGCCCCGCGCGACGACCUGCUCACCGCACCUUUUGACCGCGUCUGGAGGCGGGUGCAGUCUGGGCGCCUCGCCGAACUGGAGGAGCAUCGCGAGCCUGGUUUGAUCGAACAACUGGACGGGCGAGUCAAGAUGCAGAAGGAGAGGUUGCAGAAGUGGCAGACGUUCCGGCGGGACAUGUUCGGUACGGACUCGAUCAAAGACGACAGGGCGCAGAAGAGAAAGUCGCUUACGCUUGAUCAUGUUGCCAAGCCCAGGGGUAUUGAUCUUGGUUUUGGGGCACAUGAAAACAUACGAUAUGGCACCGCAAGUCCCAUGAAGCUUGCAGCUAAACCACAGCCCCUCAAACCGGAGUAUGAAGUCUUGGUCAACGAGUUGCAAGAGGAAUUGGAUGCUAUCAACAAAGGGCGGCCAAACCCAUUCGCUGGUGGGCUACAAUCUGUGCAGCGCAGUGACAUGCGCGAGGCUGUAGCUCUGGAAGCAACAGGUAUUCCGGCAGAGUCGACAUCAGGACAUGUAGACUUUGAGGAAGACGCUACCGAAGCCUGGCCAAGAUCCAACUUGGCCAGACCUCAAGAACCAUACAUGGAGCCUAUUCACAAACCGCCGACUAUGGCUUUACAAGAAAAGGAAAAACACAAGAGGGCUAUAUCCUACAGCCAACCUCUGGAGCAGAAAAGCAUUGGAUCCAAGCCCGAAGCCAAACGUACAGCCAGUGCACGGCCAAAAUCACUUGUUCUCGACCACAACACACGCCUACCCUCAACUGCGGGGAGUAGAGUGAGCAAACCACCCCUGAGUGCGCCCAACGCCUACCCCUCUGGACCUGCAGACGCCCCAGAAAACUCGUUCUCAAAUCGUCCGGCAGCCUGCCCUCGCACGCCUUCCCCACCUCCAGCUCCGAGAUACAUCCCAGAGGAGCGGCCGGUCGAACCAUCGCAGCCGGUCAUAUCCCAGACGCAGCGAGAAGCGGACGCCAUACUUGCAUCCAUAUCAGCCGCGUCCCCCUCGCCCGAGAAGAAACCGCGCCACACCCUCUCGCUGGCCGAACGCACGCGCCUGUCCAUGUUACGCGACGUCAACGAGGGCGAGGACGACGAGCUGGAUCGCUUCUCCCUGGUGCGGCGUGGCUCCACGAGCGGCAAGAACAAAAGAUCGGCAGCCGAGGGGACCGUGGACGGUAACGCCGCGAUCCCGGAGGAGAACGAGGCCGAAGAUGACCUCGUCGCGCGCACCCGACGCAGCAUGGCCAACUUCGAAGCCAGUCGCCAAAAGGCCCAGCUGGAGCGGCGGCGGUCGCAGCGCAAGGCGGCCAGGGAAUCCAACGUCCACCAGCAGCACAGGAGGAACGGCGGCGGCAGCGUUUCUGCCAUGCCCUCGACGUUGGAGGAGAGGGCGGCCGAAGGGGACAGCGUGCUGGUGGAUCAGAUGUUAGAGCAGGGCGUUGACGAUUACGAAGCCGUUUUCAAGAGCCGGCCCAGAAUCCAAACGAGCCCACGGCUAACGGCACAGUGA